AUGGAUGGCUCACUGUUACGUUCGGGGAUCCGCGCUAUACACAAUGGAGAUGUUCCCGGAGGGAAUUUCAAAGAGAAGGAUGCAGGAUGGAUUCUGUAUGACUCGAAUGAGGCACAAGGGUCACUGAACUGGGACAGCUCCAGCUUCCGGCCGUGGAAGAUGGUGUUUUCCACCUCGCCGAAAUUGUCCAGAUACAAGGAAUGGGUCAAACAGAAAAAUGCUGUGAUGUAUGUGAUGAAACCCUGGUCCUGGUCUGAGAUAUGCGCUGGAGCGCCACUACAGACCUCCAAAUCUCCUACUACUAAGGAACUUUGGGAUGCCUAUCAUCGAUUUGGUCCUUCCGCACGCAUCGUAUACAAAUCAGACCCCGUGGAGCACCAAAGCGAUAUUCGUCUUGCAUUGCGAAACUGUCGAGACCCUUCGAUACUGUUCCCCCAAAGUGACGACGCUUGGGAUGAAUCCAGCAAUGUAUUGGUGGUUGUGGAGCCGGCGACCAAAGGUGGGGUUGUCCACAGAAACAUGUUGACCGGAAAGGUCGCCACUCCAUACAUCAUGAACAUGGUUCACGAGGAGGCAAAGCAUCUGUUGGGAUUAGCCAUGCGCCGAACUUACCGACAUCUCUUGUCGCAUGAUAUCUCCAGAGGAGCGGCGGGAAUCAUAUUCGAAGAUAUGGCCCAUCACCUCCUCGGCGGUACUGCAUCGUGCACUCGCUCCCUCAGAACUCUCCCACGAGAUGGCAGCUUCACUAUCAGUCCAGAUCAUCCAGUCAAAGUCAAAGGAUUCGAAAGCGUUCAGACCCUUUCUGCUGAGCAGCCGAUUAACCGCGAAUGGAUGUUGACUUUCGUGGUCCCUACAGCAGUCGAACCUGACUUUAAACGCCAACCAUUGCAGCCGGUCUCGUCUCGAGGAACGUGGGAUCAAAACGUGGAUCAAUAUGUGAUGGGACUGACUCUUGAAGAGCUGUUUCCAACUGACAUUGAUGCUACAAAGGUUGGCGCCUCCGAUGAAUAUUCUCAGCCUGACGAAGUGGCAUCUCCUGCAGACAAGAAGGGGAAAGGAUUGCCGAAAGCUUCGAAGAAGAGGGAGAGGUCUGAGGAUGCGGACGUGGAUGCGGCUGAGCAGCCUCCUCCAAGCGGAAAGAAACCGAAGAGGACAUCAGCGACAGGUUUGCAAACUCUGGAGGGGACUCGUAAGCUUCCCAAACCACUGGACACACACGAAGGUCCAUCCACCGGACGUCGGAAAGGGACGUCCCGCAAAUAG